UAUUGCCGAGAAUGUUUAUUAUCCGCAAAAGUAUAAUAAAGCGGAUCGGGAAAAAUUGGUCCAGGCGGCCAAAAAAACUGGUAUUUAUGAAUUUAUUGCUAAAUUGCCCCACGGAUUUGACACAGUAUUGAGAGAAGGAGGUGCAGAUCUUUCAGAAGGACAAAAGCAGCAAAUUUCGGCCAUGAAAAUGUUUAUUGACGACUAUGACAUUUACAUUUUAGACGAGAUACUAAGUAAUGUUCACCCGAAUUUAAAAGGCAUUGUUUUAGAAAAUAUUUUUUCUAAAUUAAAAGGCAAAACAGUCUUAGUAAUUGACCACCAUUAUGAGAUAUUCAA